CUGAGGAGGACGGAGCUCUAGCGGCGAAACUCUUCUGCAGCCUCCGUCUUCUGAGUCAAACACUCGGACACUUGUUCACUUUCUUUCCUACCUCUGGUUUCUUCUUUUUUUCCCCCCUGCAGCCCGUGUGUGCGUGUGUGUGUGUGUGCAUGUGUGCGUGUGUAUGCGUGUGCGGGUCUGCGUGUGUGUUGUAGCCCAGUUGUGAGCAUGCAAGGCAGCCACCGAAACAAGGAACCGAGGGGAACAUGGACGAGCCGGCAACUUCUCCUGUCCAUCUGCACUUUCUAUUUAUUCAUCCUCAGCGUGGAGCUGCAGAAGAGCGACUCCGAGCCACUGGACUCUGAUGAGUUUGCUUUCUUCCAUGAGGGAGAGAACGGGUGCCUGGGGGUGCAGGAUCACUCCCUCAUCCUGUCCAAAUCCUGUGAGGAAGACAACCAGCGCUGGAAGUGGGUGACCCGGGGACGCCUGUUCAACCUGGGCUCCUCGCUUUGCCUGGGAGUGACCACCGGUAACUUCACCUCCAAGUCGCACAAGACUCCUCUGGGCGUGUACACAUGCGACCGGGAGCCCCCCAGAGUACGCUGGACCUGGACCUGUGGCCAGAUGCUGGAGAACCUCAACCGCUACCUUCCGUCGCCGUCGAUUUUGAACUCCUCCGCCGCCUCCUCGCCCCCCUCGCCCUCCAAGCUGAAAUGGACUGUGCAUGGUGGCAUGCAUGAGGACCUGUGUGCCAAAACGUAUCGUGAGAUCUACACCAUCCAGGGCAGCUCCAACGGCCGCCCCUGCCACCUGCCCUUCCUGUACGACAGCCAGUGGUUCCACAGCUGCACCGGCAUCGGCCGGGAGGACGGCCACCUUUGGUGCGCCACCACCUUUGACUAUGGCAAGGACGAGAGCUGGGGGUUUUGUCCUGUUAAGAGCAGUGGCUGUCAGACAUUCUGGGAUACUGACCCAUUGACGGACAGCUGUUACCAGUUUAACUUCCACGCUACGUUGUCAUGGAGUGAGGCACGGAUCAGUUGCCAGCAGCAGGGGGCAGACCUGCUGAGCAUCACCAAGCUGCAUGAGCAGACCUACAUUAACGGUUUUCUGUCCGGCUACAGCGCUGCUUUGUGGAUUGGCCUCAAUGACCUGGACAUCAACGGGGGCUGGCAGUGGGCCGACUCCUCACCGCUCAAGUAUCUCAACUGGGAACAAGAUCAGCCGAGUCACGAAGAUGAGGAGAACUGUGCUGUGAUCAGGACUGAGUCUUCAGGUCGCUGGCAAAACCGCGAUUGUUCUGGUGCUCUGCCGUAUGUCUGUAAGAAGAGGCCCAAUGCCACCCUGGACCCCUUCACUACAGACUCUUGGACGGAUGAUAAGAAGUACGAGUGUGAUAUGGGCUGGCAGGCCUUCCAGGCCGGCUGCUACAAGGUGACUUCCGAGAAGAGCGACUGGGAUACGGCUCAGAAAACCUGCCAGAAGAUGGAGGCCAACCUGGUCAGCCUCCACACCCUACCUGAGCUGGAGUUCAUCCUUCACAACUUGAAAAAAGACAUCGAACAGCUGUGGAUAGGGCUCCAUGACACCGUAAUGCAAAUGGACUUCCAGUGGACCGACCACACGCCCGUCAUCUUCACCUACUGGCACCCGUUUGAACCCAAUAACUUCCGCAACACCCAGGAGGACUGCGUCUCUAUGUGGGGGCUCGACGGCCGCUGGGACGACAGCCCUUGUAAUUUGACCCUGCCCUCCAUCUGUAAGAAACCAGGAACAAAGAGGGAUGGGAAACCUCAACAUCAAGAGUGCAAACAAGGCUGGAAGUGGCACAGUCCAGCUUGUUACUGGGUGGGAGAAGACCUCCUCACCUUUGAUAAAGCCAGGAAAUCCUGUGAGGAACAAGGAGCCUUCCUUGUUACCAUUACAAAUAGGUUCGAGCAGGCCUUCGCCAACAGCCUGUUGUUCGGUCGCUUGGGAGAUUCCCUCUGGAUCGGCCUCCAUGAUCAAAGCGGCUCUUUCCGCUGGCUCAGUGGGGACGAAGUGACCUACACCAACUGGAAUCGGGACGAGCCAGUCAACGUCCAUGGCGGCUGCGUUUCCAUGGCGACGGGCUUCGCAACAGGCCUGUGGGAGGUGAAGGACUGUGCGUCAUACAAGGCCAAAUUCAUCUGCAGACAGAACCAGGCCACGUCUCUGAGCCCCGAGCCGCCCGUCCCCCAGCCCACCCCGAGUCUCAGCGGCUCCUGUCCCAGCGGCUGGAAGAGCAACAGUAACCUGCGCUACUGCUACAAGGUGUUUCAAUACUCGCAGCUGGAGCAGAAGCUGAGCUGGCUGCAGGCUCACCUGUUCUGCCGGAAGCACGGCGCCGACCUGCUGAGCAUCAGCGGCCCGGACGAGGAGCACUUUGUCCUACAGGUCCUCCAUGAGGCCUUCGGGGAAUCCGAGGACCAUGAGCAGCAUUGGUUUUGGAUUGGCCUCAACCGCAGGAACCCCAUUGACAAUGGUAGCUGGAAGUGGAGCGACGGAUUGGCUUUCACGUACCAGAACUUCGGCCGCUACUACUACAACAUUCGCCAGUGUGCUGCGGCAGACUUGGGCACAAUGACGUGGCUGGCCAUGCACUGUGACUCAGAGAUGGACUGGAUCUGCAAGAUCCCCAGAGGUAGUGUUGAGAAGGAACCAGAAGUCUCUGAAGGCACCUCUUCCCCCGAGUGGAUUCCCUUCCAGGAGGCUGAAUAUAAAUUUUUCGACCACCGCAACACUUGGGACCAGGCCCAGAGGAUUUGCUCCUGGUUUGACUCCUCGCUGGCGUCCGUCCACUCGGCGGAGGAAGACGCUUUCCUGGGCAGCACUUUACGCAAGAUGGGGAGAGCAGAGGGGGAUAACUGGUGGCUGGGGCUUCACACCUACGAAAACGACGGCCGCUUCCGCUGGUCUGACCACUCUGUGCUCAAUUACGUGUCCUGGGCCCUCGGGAGGCCGCAUCCGCUCAGCCGCGAUCGCAGAUGUGUUCACAUGUCGGCCAACAAAGCGGACUGGGCCGAUCAGAAGUGCCCCUCUGACCUGCCCUACAUCUGUAAGAGAGUGAACGUCACGGGCACCAUUCCUCCGACUCCAUCAUCCCCCCACCCCCCCGCAGGCUGCCCGGACGAAUGGGCUUCCUAUCAGCAUAAGUGUUUCAGGGUGUUCGAUCAGUCGUACCGGGUCACGUGGUCUGCGUCCAAGCUGAGAUGUGAGACUCAGGGAGGUGUGCUGGCAGUGGUGACCAAUCAUCUGGAGCAAGCCUUCGUCACCACCCUGCUGAACAACGCCAGUGUCGACCUCUGGGUGGGUUUGACCUCGGGCUCUAAAGGUCACUUCCAAUGGGCCAAGGCUGGCCUGCUCAGCUACACCAACUGGGGCCCCGGAGAGCCGCUCGACAACAGUGGACCGCACCAAAACAAGACGCGGGGAAACUGCGUGGUGAUGAUUCACGGGAACCCGCAGAAGAACGCCGGCAUGUGGGCCUCCCGCGCCUGUGAGAUGGAGAAUAAUGGCUACAUUUGUCAGAGGCAUCAAGACCAAGGUCUCCCUCCGGCACCCGCCCUGAUUCCUGCCUCCCUGUCGGAGCCUGUGGAGUUGGGUGGAGUGACGUACCGGGUGGUGGAGAAGCGCCUGGACUGGACCGGCGCUUUGCAUCUGUGUGAAUCUUUGAACGGGACGCUGGCCACGGUGAAGGAUCCCUACCAGCAGGCGUACCUCACGCUGCUGAUCAACCGCCUGCACCGGCCGGCCUGGGUGGCUCUCUACAACUACGGAGGAAAGAGCUUCACCUGGCUGGGCGAAGAGGAAGUGUCGUAUUCCAACUGGAAUGAUGGGCAGCCCAAUCACAUGGCUGGAUGCGGUCACAUGACCACUACAGGGCAGUGGACCAUGACUCCCUGUGACGAUAAGCUUGAUGCUGCAAUCUGUCAAAUUAGUGACGAGCCUGUGGGUCACCAAUGGAUCUACCCUGGCAAGUGUCCCAACUCUGUCGGGGAUUGGGCCUGGGUGUCUUUCAGAAACCACUGUUAUGCCUUCAACCUGCAAACACUCAGACUACAGCAGGACGCUCGCAUGUCCUGUAAAAAAGAGGGAGCAGAGCUUCUCUCGGUCUUGGACGAGACGGAGAACGGAUUUGUGUGGGAACACAUCCAGAGCUCUGCGGAGCAGGCACAUGGAGCUUGGCUGGGCAUCAGCGUGAAAGGCAGGGGUCUAGUGUGGAGCGAGGACACGGAGAUGUCCUACACCAACUGGGAGGCGCACGAUCUCGCCUUCUCCGUUCUGUCUCCCAACUCCUGCUUCUGGAUCCAGAGCAACAGCGGCCUGUGGAAGCCGGGCUCGUGCCGAAAUCGCACGCACGGGGUCAUCUGCAAGCGACCACGCAGUGCUGAGACCUCAGCUGUAAUAAUGGAGGACGACCAUCUGCCCACUCUGAUCGUCGUCAUAGUCGCGGGCCUGGUGCUGGUGGUGCUGAUCGUCGGGGUGAUCUACUUGUACCGUCGGAGAACUGUUGGGUCGCGGGGGUCGUACGAGGGGGCCCGCUACAGCCGCACCAGCUCCAGCCUUUCCGAGCAGGCCGAGAAGAACAUCCUGGUGUCGGACAUGGAGCUGAACGAGCAGCCAGAGUAGCAGAGCUUUGCCCCGGACCGACCAUCCGACCAGCCACGAGGCUGGAGCCGAACCAACGCCGGAGAGGGCGUGGACAAAAAGAAAAAGGAUCAAAACCCAUUGUGGCGUUUAUGUCGUCUCUUUUGAAACCAAAAAAAACAUUUUUUAAGGGCUGAAGGGCUGUGUAGAGCGCAGCAGAUAUUUAGAUUUAUAAUUGAAUCCCUCGUCUUUUCUGUUGUCAAGACAAUCCAAGCAACUUCCCCUCCAGUCAAAUCAGAUCGUUCUUUUCACGUACAGUUUUUCCCCCAAAGCUUCCACGAAGACCAUCUGUGGAUCCACUGGGAACUUCAUUUCGUCGCAGUCUGAAAAGUUCUACAUAAAAUCAGUUUUACGAAACAACUCCUCACCGUUUACCCUGGUGCCAACGUAAAUAUUUGGUUGGUGUUUAUUUUCUUUCCUUUCCACAUUUCGAUUGAAAGACAAUCACACAGCCACAGGUCAACUAAAACCAUUUGUCUCCGUUCUCCAAAUACACAGCCAUUCUUCUUCAGGACCAAAUUCCUUUUUUUUCAAUUUUGUAAGGGUCUUUGCCAUGACAGUAUAUACCGGAACUUGAGGUCUGUUUUUUGUCUUUGUUGUUGUUUCGUUGCAUUUGUGCGUCCUUCCUUGUUGAUUUGUCGUUAUCUCUGCAGCCGCAGAGAACUGUUACUGAUGAUGCAUGUGUGGUUUGUGUGAGCCUGCCUCUCUCCUCCGCUCGGAUCUGACACGUCAGCACCAGCUGGCCGACGCCGAGCAGAGGAGGGAGAAGUCCAAAUGUGAAUGUGUGGAGGGUGACAGGGACCAGUGAACUCAAACCGUCUGAGGGCUGCACACUAAAAUUGUGCACAUAAUUAGUAUUGAAAGCUGGUCUUUAAAAUAGAUUACAUUGUCUUUGUGGCACAGCAGGACUUAGGGUUGUCAUCAAAUGAUCAGACUGUCAGCAUCUAUGGCUUUGUGUACAGUUUGGCACUUUCUACUCUUACCCUGAUCUAAAUCGGUCUUCGUCUCCAACGCUUUUCAGCCUGUUGUCCUUAUACUUAAGAUGCAGUCGCUGCUCUGUUGUUUGUUUUGGCUCCUCGUGCCACCAUCUGGAGGUGAUUCAGCAUUUUUGUGGACAGUCAUUUUCUUUGUGCUUGCCACGAAAAAAAGGUUUUGCAAUUUGAUAUUUGGCUGAUUCAUCACUUUGAUGCACCACUUUUCACGUCUCAGUAAUGUUUUAUCGCCGGUAUACUUCUCUCUCGUUUUGUCCUUUCGAUGAUGCAGGUUUCAUUUGUGCGACUUCGCUUAAGUACAACCGGUGAAGACAUUUGGAAACUUUCCUUCUGUUACGGGAUAAACGCCAACACUUGCCCCGGCAAAGGAAAACAUCCCUCAUGCGAACGACGACGUUUUAUAUAUGAGAGCCAGAGAUUGUUUAGCGAAUAACGUGCUAUUUUUCGUGAGAGAAAAACCUCCAAUCGUCAUUUUCACGUUUGUGCUUUAUAAUGACCUUGAUGAGCGUUUCUUCUGCCGCCUCAAACUUUCUUCUUUUUCCUGAGGCUCUUGCCUCUGAGUGCAUUUCUGUCUUCCUGCUCGGAGGAAUGCUCUGGAAGCCUUUUCAGUCUGAGGCUCACUAACUGCCAUGAAAAAAAAACAAAAAAAAAAACGCUUCUUUUGCUCCCUGAGUUGGACUAAGAUAGAGGGGGAAGGUAGGAGGAGAGGGAGCAAAUAGUGUGUGUGAGAAAGAGUAUGUGUGUGUGUGUGUGUGUUAGAGUGUGUGUGCAGUCUCCAGCUGUGGAAUGUUGAGUCGGCAAGAAGAGCUCAGUGGCACGUCUGGAACCAAUCAGAGAAGCUGGGCUCAGGGAUAUGAAGGGUCACAACCACGAUUGAGGAAAAAAAAAGGAAGACUAGAUGAAGGAGAAAAGGGGAAAAAGGAGGAGUUGUGGAAGAGAGGAAAGCAGGGAAGGAGGAGUUCAAAGGGUUCAGUGGCGUGUCAGAGGCUUACCCCGGCCUCUGCUGGUGGUUCACUGUACAGGUCGGGCCUCCACGUGCAGGAGAGGUGAACUUAAAGGUGGUGAUGAUGUGAAGGUGCAAUGGCCCCCGUGUGUGUGAUGGAGUGUGCGAUGCAGGCUGGCUCACGUCCCUGUGAAGACUUCCUGAAGCACCUGCUCAACUUUUUAAGAGUGUUUGUGUCAUUUUUAUAUGAAAUGAAUAAAGUCCAUGUUCUGAAAAACC